CCAAGCUACCUCCCAAAAAUAACUAAAAUAUUUAGAAAUUCAGAUUUUUACUGAACGAAACUUUAAUUGGAUGAUCCAUUGUUUCGGGCGACAAAUAAAGAAUUUGGGUGAUAACUCAGCUAGCGCCGGGUUACAUCAUGCGAUGGGCUAACCCGAAAUAAAAAGUACAGUGUAUGCGGAGUAGCUAGCCUAGGCCCAAGGAGGUAACUCUAACCGACAGCACUGGCACAGAGUGGGGGCGACAGCGGCGGGUGAAGCAACUCCUGAAUAUUUUAUUUGUUCUACUAUUUUUGUGACAUAAUUCGUGCCGUUGUCUUUUAGCUAGUUUGAUAGAGCAAAUGAAGGGCUGCAUCGACAUAAGCAGAAAGAGAGAACCGGUGAUAAAGUAUUUUUUUGUUAACCGUCCAGUCUUUCCGUCGCCCCCCGGCCCGUGCCAGCCCGAGCGCUCCGAAUCUCACGGGGCAAAGAUACUGGCAGACAACGGGGCACGGACAGCUCUCUCUGCCCACUCCGUCUGGCUGUUCUACCGCUGUUCAGGCCUCUAGUCUUUCCUUGGCGGGCACCGACGAGUCUCUCCCGCUAUCCUUCGAUACCCGGUGGUGCUGGGCUAGAGCGUUAUGGCUCAGACGCUACAGAUGGCGAUCCCUAACUUUGGCAACAACGUGUUGGAGUGUCUCAAUGAGCAGAGGCUCCAGGGGCUCUACUGCGACGUCUCCGUGGUUGUCAAGGGACACGCCUUCAAGGCGCACCGGGCGGUCUUGGCGGCCAGUAGCUCCUACUUCCGGGACCUGUUCAACGCUGGAGGGAAGAGCAGUGUGGUGGAGCUCCCCCCGGCCGUCCAGCCCCAGAGCUUCCAACAGAUCCUAGCCUUCUGCUACACAGGUCGCCUCAGCAUGAACGUGGGGGACCAGUUCCUCCUCAUGUACACCGCAGGCUUCCUGCAGAUUCAGCAGAUCAUGGAGAAGGGCACAGAGUUCUUCCUUAAGGUCUCCUCCCCUAGCUGUGACUCCCAGGGUCUUCACGCAGAAGAGACUCCGCCCUCCGAGCCCCAGAGCCCUGUCACUCAAACCGGAGGGGCUGGGGUGGUUUCCACGGCAGCAUGUAGGCCCGCCUCCUGCCUGACACCCCUCCCCCUGGUGUCGAGGGUGAAGACGGAGCAGAGCGGGACUACGCCACAACCCACACCACAGACACAGCAGCAGGAGGCCACGUCCUACUCGGUGGUGUGCAGCCCUGUCGCCAAGCGCCUGUGGGAGGGGGGCAACCGCGGUGAUGGGGGAGGGGGGUCGGGAGGAGGGGGGUCCAGGAAAGCCGCCCGCUACUCUUCCUCCUCCGCCUCAUCAAACAACUGCAACUCCCAAGAUGCAACAGGCAGAAACGUUGUUAACCACAGUAACCAUAACAACAACAGUAACCAUAACAGCAGCAGCGUGGGGACGCCGGACGGAACGAGUCCGGGGACGCUGAGCAUGUACACCAGCGACUCGCCCCUUAGUUACCACGAUGACGAGGAGGAAGAGGAAGUGACCGACGACAGCGCCGAAGAGCAGUACAGGCAGAUCUGUAACAUGUACACAAUGUACAGUAUGCUCAAUGUGGGCGCCACAGUAGCGGGCGAGCGUGUGGAGUCCCUACCGGAGCACCUCACGGCAGAGACCCGGGGUGGCAGGGGGGUGAGGCUACGCCAGGACCUGGCUUCGCUACCUGCCGAACUCAUCACCCAGAUAGGUAACCGGUGCCACCCGCGGCUGUACGAGGAGGGUGACCCUGCAGAGAGGCUGGAGCUGGUGACUGGUACCUCCGUGUUCAUCUCCCGCGCCCAGCUCAUGAACUGUCACGUCAGCGCCGGCACGCGGCACAAGGUCCUACUGAGGAGGCUGCUGGCCUCUUUCUUCGACAGGAGUACUCUAGCUAACAGCUGUGGGACGGGGAUCCGCUCUUCUACAAACGACCCCAGCCGCAAGCCCCUGGACAGCAGAGUACUGCACGCCGUCAAGUUUUACUGCCAGAACUUUGCGCCAAGCUUCAAGGAGAGCGAGAUGAACGCCAUCGCGGCUGACAUGUGCACUAAUGCCCGCCGGGUCGUCAGAAAGUCCUGGAUCCCGAAGCUCAAGCUCCUCAUGGCCGAGGGUGACGCCUACUCCGCUUUCCUCCAAUCAGACGCCGUCAAGAUGGAGGCCGACGCCCUGGGGGCGGAGCAUGGGUUCGACCCCAACUCCCUGGCAGAGGAGGCGGCGGCGGCAGCCAAUAGCGAUGCGGGACCUUCUUCGGGGGAGGGGUUACAAGGCGUUGUGGGCGGAGACGGCAGCACUUUGUUUUAAAGUGAGUGGGCUUAUUGUGAUCUUAUUGGUCGAUGGUCUUUGAUCAUUGCUCUCGGCGAUACUUCCUCCCUCAGUUUUAGUUUGUUUUUUAAUGUCACUUUUCCAUAUCUUAAUCUCUUCCCUUAAUACUUGGAAUUUCAUUUAUUAUAUCCAUCUGUUCCAUCCCUUGUUCUCUCUCUCUCUCGCCGUCCCGGACCCAUGUACAUAGUGUCUGCCCCCUUUUGGGCGGGAGAGAGAUGAAAAGAUGGAGGGAUAGAGGUGCAGAAAGAAAGACGGGGGAGGUUUGUAAUGUAAGGGGGGGGCUUAACCUAGGAAUAUUCCCUGAUCCCCAUUGUAGAAUCUUUUCUUGUUUUAAUGUUUGUUUUUUUGGUUGGCAAAGGUCCUUUCUCCUUUCCAUAUCGCUGAAACACAUUCCCUAGGAGGAGGGACCUUUUGGGGUGGAUGGCGGUCGGGGUUGAGUGGGGUAGUAAUGGCUGGUUUUGACGGUCUAAUAACACUGUUUUGAUAAUGAAUGUAUCGGUCGUGAAGCGUUGUCAAGUCACCUGUAUGUAUUGUCUGUGGACAGUAGAUUGUAUUCGAUCGAUUGAUUGAUUAGAUUGUAUUCAUCAGUUUCUAUAGAGACUCUGGAAGUCCUACUGAAGGCUAUUUUAUGGGGAGGGGGUUGAUAUUUGUGGGGGGUUACGUAAAGGCUUAAUGGUUGAAAUAGGUAUAUGUAUUCUGUAUAUUGGCAGGACUUUUGGACCCCCCCCCCCCCAUUUUAGAGGGCUGUUUUCAUUCCUACUUUUUCACUUUUAAUUUGUGACUCUCGUCUCAUAGUUUUUCUCUCCGUGUGUGUGACCUUUGACUUGUUGCCAAGACUCCCUGAAAAGCAGAGGAGACGUGUUACUGAAAGAUGGUUGAACAGUUGGUGACUGGACGAGGAAGAAGAUGCUCUGAUCUGGUAUCCAUGUCGAUGAUACGGUAUGACUUCCUAUACGUCUACUGAAUUCUGUGUAGAGAGAGAGGAGUAAGGGACCGUGUUAAAAUCACGUCAGCUCACGCCCACAUUCACAUUUCGAAGGAAAGUGAUAUUUGUUGUCUCGCACUAUUAAGCAAGUAAUAGCUGAAUAAUGUACUUGUCUUGCACUAUAAUACUAUAAUACAAGUCUUAUCCAAAUACUAGAAUCGUCUCCAUUUGACCAAGCAUGAAGCUGUGGGCUAGGGUGUAGGGGCUGGGUUGUAGAGGCAUUAUGUUAGAUGUGUGUAGUGUACACAGGGUGGACCUAUUCUGUAUUUGGUUUCGUUAUGGACUGAGGGAGGGUUGGUGUAUCCUGCUAAGAGGCAUUCAUGACACACACACACACGGAUUAAAGUACCCUGGAGGACUAAUCCCUAUGCAUCCUGGGCGGAUACAAUGGUGCCAAUUAAAGUAAUACGACACACACACACACACACACACACACACACACUGUGUGUCAGUGUGUGUGGAUGGUGACAGAAGUGUGUGUUGUCACAUGCGGCAGAGAGUGAGAACCCAGACGGAGUGUGCUCACACACGCUUGGCUGACUCAUUCAUCCAUCACUGCUGUGUGUGUGUGUGUGAUGCUGCAUCUCUCUCACACACACACACACACACACACACACACUCCGGUGCACCCAGACUGAUCCAGCAGCAGCACACUGCCAGCCUAUAAACAUCCCUGUAAAGCUCUGUUGAACACACCUUGUGAGAAACUACAGAGAGGAGAUGGACCGUGACAACCCAUGAAUAACGACCAACUGUCAUUCUAGCUACAGCUCAUCAGUGAUUGGAUGAAAGAUGACUGUGGCAGUUCCCAUCUAUCACAGUACCAGUAGGGAGCCAAUGACGCCACCGCCAGUAUCCCAUCAUACAGUAGAAUCAUGGUGUGUCAAGGAGGAAGAACCCGUUGCCCCUAAACACUGAUCUAUGGUCAUGUUUGCGUUUUCCCGCUAGUUGUCAAGGUUAGGGUUUGGGGAGGGCAAGCUGAUCCUAGAUCAGUGCUCAAGGGGUUUGUACUCUGAGCAGAAGUGAGGAUAGACAUGCUACUGCUAUAGAAACAGUUGUUAGUGAUAGCCUGGUCCCAGAUCUGUUUUGUAGGAUCUUGCCGCCACCUUGUAACUCAUUGCGUGAUAAUUCCAUAAGGAGUUGACGAGGGAGUAGAAACAGACUGGCACCCAGGCUGGGUUAGUGAAGCACCUUGUAAUGCAGUUGGUGUCAGCGCCGGCGGUGGGUUCUGUUGUGAUUGUCAGGCUUGGUCUGUUGUGUGUUACUGAGGUGGUCUGCUGUGUGUUUGGGGUAGAAACGCACACUAAAACACACACACACACACACACUGCUUUGGAGUUGAGGGUUAAUCAAUCGUAACACUUCCCCCACACUCUGACUGUGAACCUAAACAGAGUAUAGAACAAACAACUAUAAAAUAAACCUGGGUAAAAUAUAGGCUUAACAUUGUCAUUGUAACUCCCCCUUUCAACCAACCAACCAAAAGAAAGCCAUGGAGUUGUUUAUAUAUCUGGAAACGACCAUUGUUAUUUUAGAUCAGAGCUAUCUGCUUUUAGGCCUGGCUUUUAAAACAGGCCAUUUGUUGUUUACGUUUGUAGUUUUUUUAAGAUGUGUGUGUGUGUGUGUGUGUGUGUAUAUAUAUAUAUAUAUAUAUAGAGAGGUUUUGGAGUGUUUCUAUAAAAGGCUAACUGUCAAAGAAGAGCCCAGGGUUUAAAAGUGUAAUGGGAAUGCACUACUAGAGCUUCCAGUGGACCUAUUCCAUUUGGCCUGGGCGGGUCUGGAGCCCACCCCUCCUUUUGUUAACCACAUGGUAUGAUCCUUGGGGACUUCAAGUUCUAUCACUGACAGAGAGAAAGAGAGAAGUGAGUAGGAUGAGAAAUUUGCACUUUUUUUUAUUUUUAUGCAUUUGUCAAGCGCUGCCUUAACGGGAAAAAAGAGUGAGUGGCUGACAGAACAGAGAGACACAGAGGAGGACAGUCUGUCUCUAGAGGGAGGGAGGAUGGGACGCUUGGUUGGCUCUGUAUAAAAGCAUGCAUGCGUACUGGUGUGUGUGUGUGUGUGUGUGCAGUUUCUCCCCAUUUCUCUCUGCUGCCAUAUAUGGAGUCAUGCGUGUUAAGUUCUAGCUCUUCACGCUAACGCCUUUGUGUGUGUGUGUGUGUGUGUGUGUGUGUGUGUGUGUGUGUGUGUGUGUGUGUGGAAUGCGCAUGUCUGCCAGGGUGAGUGAGUCUGCGUCUGGUUCUAUGUGCUGCAUACGGUGUGUGUGUGUCUGGGUUUUGGAGUGGUGAAUGCGCAUGUCCUGUUGGUGUGUGUGGGUGGUUUGGGUACGCGGCUCUGCCAGCAGUGUGUGUUUGUGUGGUAUGUGCGGCGGUAGAGAAUGAGAGGAGACUGUUUGUCUGACUCAGUAGGAGAGACAUACAGUACUAGUCUGGAGAGGAAGGAAGCCUAUAGACACAUGCACACAGCAUUGCUACUGGUGUUAGCACAAUGACAUGCUAGCUGUUCCCAUAGACUUCCAGUCAUUGAGCCAACAACUGUCCAUUUAAAAGCGUGUCUUGCAGGAAUAUAUAUAUCUAUCAAAUAAAAUAAAAUAAAAAUAAUAAUUACGUAUUUUGCCUCUGUGGCAAUAAUGUAGGAGUGGUGGGCCACCGCAGCUAAAUGAAUAUAGAUUAAACACUGGCUGGCUGGCUGGCUGGCUGGCUGGCUGGCUGGCUCGGGAGGGAGGGAGGGAGGGAGGGAGGGAGGCAUCAACUGUUCACUAAACAAACCAUUACAUCCCAUUCAGAGUCCUGAUCUCAUUCAGCUUCACUGCUUCACUUUAUUCUGAUUCAAUUCAGCCUCCACUUUAUGACCCAGGUCUAUGGCUCUGUCCCAAAGGAAGUAGUGCACUAUGUAGGUAAUAGGGUGCCGUUUAGGAUGUAAGCUAAAUGUCUGCAAAUGGUGUUCGUGUUGUGUAUGUGAAUGACUCGCGUGUGUGUGUGUGUGAAUGUUUGUUUGGCAGGAGGAGGGGGGUGUUUUGGUGUGGUAACUGUCUAAACAACAGAUGGGACUGCCUGAUAGGAUGACUUGGUGUGUGUGUGUCGGUCCAGGUGUGUCCUUUCUUGCCUGUGUGAUGGCGUGACAGUCAUGUAUGGAUGACCAAGCAUGUUAGCUGGUGUGUGUGUGUGUACAGUACCAGUCAAAAGUUUGGACUCCUACUCAUUCCAGGGCUUUUCCUUAUUUGUAGAAUAAUAGUGAAGACAUCAGAAUAACACAUGGAAUCAUGUAGUAACCAAAAAAGUGUUAAACAAAUCAAAAUAUAUUUGAGAUUCUUCAAAUAGCCACCCUUUGCCUUGAUGACAGCUUUGCACACUCUUGGCAUUCUCUCAACCAGCUUCACCUGGAAUGUUUUUCCAACAAUCUUGAAUGAGUAGGUGUGUCCAAACUUUUGACUGGUACUGUAUAUAUGUCUCUGCAUCGGGCAUGUGUCUAACCAACCAACCAGGCGUCCAUUCCCUUUAGGAGACUGCAGGCUGACAAUGUGUCUGUUUCUAAAAGUGCAGUGAUGACUAGGAUGAUGUUGAAGAUGGUCUACAUUUCCCUGUCGAUAGUCUCUCUAAAUAUUAAUACAGAGAGACAGUCCAUUUUAGAUGUUUAUACUAAUAAGAUUGUUGUUAUUCCAAGUUAACUGACUUUAUUUUUUAUGUGAAAUCCCUAGACUUGAGCGGGAAGAUGGGUGGGAGUUGGGAGGGAAGGAGAGAGAGAGGGGUGCUGUUCUAUACGUUUCUAGAUACAUGGUUGUUACCCUACCUCUUGUGGAUGGAGGGAAGGGUGCUUUUCUUUCUUCCUGCUUGUUUAAAGUCUGAGGACGUAGGAGCCAUUGUGGCAGGCCUCUGGUACUUAACUGCAGUCAGGACAACUGAAGAGAGGGAGAAGAUCCUUGUCCCAUGGCCUUUUUGCAACAAAGAUAAAUAUUUUGUUUCUUUAUGUAAGGGGCGGGGUGACGUAGCCUUUUCCUGGCUACCCAGACUCCUUGCUCCGGCCAAACGCUACGCCAUGAAUCUGACGAUUUCUAGAACGCAAACACAUUCAAACAGUUCUGAUUGGUCCCAGAAACCGAUGGGUUGGGACAGAGCCAGAACACACGUGGGUAAAGCUGCGUUUUCAAAAUGUGUCAUUGGCUUUGAGAUGCUCCAAUCGGUAAUGACUUUGUUUUGUACAACACCCCUCAUUGUGAUGUCACCACAACCGACUUCAGCGAUGGCUGUCUGACUGAGGUAUGUAGUGAGUCGUCAGGCAGACAGCCUGGAAAUCCAGACUGUUUCAUUAUAGCAGAGCUGAAAUCAAUCCCCUAUUCCCUGUGCUACUUUUGACCAGGGUCAUAGGGCUCUGGUCAAAAGUAGUGCAAUAUCUUUAGGGAAUUGGGUGCUAUUUGGGAU